AUGGUCAACCUUGGUGCGUUUAUUGCGGCAUUCUGCGCAUUAUGGCCUUUGAUCCUUGGUGCAGCUAUUCUCAUUCUCUUGAUCGCAUUUAUAAUAUUGCGACCGAUAGUCAAUGACUACCGGCUAUGUUGCUACUUUGAUAUAUCAUUCUGUAUGUAUCAUGUGGGGAGUUUCUUUCGCUGGACCACUAGUUCUUGCAGACAAAAACAUGGUGAUCAAGAUAAUGACGAUGAUGGCCCUGGAUUACCCGUAUAUCAACAAGAACCAAAGCAAGAGAUGAACCAGCUCACUAGACCACCACCAGCAGUCAUUAUGACAACCAAGUAA